AUGAGAAGUGGUAUUUGUCUCUCUCCUCCAGACGAUUUGGUCCGCUUGAGUUCCGGCUGUCUCGGGUGCUCCUUCGAUGUCUUCCUCCUCGUCUUCUUCUUCUUCUCCAACCUCCUCGACAUCCUUUAGCUCUCCAUCUCAAUCCCCCUAAUCCGCCAUGAAUGUGCCAACGGCGGAUCCUGCGCUGGAAGCCGAUGCCGCGGUCGAGCGAAAGAAGAAGUCCAAGAAACCCAAAUAUUCAAGAUUUACACAACAGGAGCUUCCGGCUUGCAAACCCCUAUUAACUCCAACUAUAGUAAUAUCGACAUUUGCUCUCAUUGGAAUUCUCUUCAUCCCAAUUGGACUUGCUUCUUUGUCUGCGUCAGAAAAUGUGGUUGAAAUUGUGUAUAGAUAUGACACAGAAUGCAUUCCCCAGCAGUCACAGGAUGACAAAGUAGCAUUCAUCCAAAGCAGUGCGACUGACAAAACGUGCAGAACGACUUUGACUGUGCCUAAAAACAUGAAGGCUCCUGUUCACAUUUACUAUGAGCUUUACAACUUCUAUCAGAACCACCGCAGGUAUGUUAAAAACCGAAAUGAUAAGCAACUAAGAAGCAAGGAGUAUGAACUAGAAACUACUAAUUGUGCACCUGAAGCCACAACUGUCGAUGGGUCUCCCAUUGUCCCUUGUGGCCUCAUUGCUUGGAGUUUGUUCAACGACACAUACUCAUUCGCAAUACAAAACAAAGCCAUUGAGGUGAACAAGAAAAACAUAGCCUGGCAAAGUGACAAAGAUGAGAAAUUUGGAAGUGAUGUUUAUCCCAAGAACUUCCAGCAAGGAGGUCUUAUAGGAGGUGCAAAGCUCAAUGAAAGCAUACCCUUGAGUGAGCAAGAAGAUCUCAUUGUUUGGAUGAGAACAGCUGCCCUCCCACAGUUCAGAAAAUUAUACGGGAGAAUUGAGACAGAUCUUGUAGCUAACGAGCAAAUCUCGGUGACAAUACAGAACAAUUAUAACACAUACAGCUUCGAGGGGGAGAAGAAGUUGGUGCUUUCAACUACCUCAUGGAUAGGCGGGAAGAAUGAUUUCCUUGGUGUUGCUUAUCUCACAGUCGGCAGCCUUUGCUUAUUUCUUGCACUGGCAUUCAUAGUUCUUUAUCUGCUCAAACCCCGGACGCUUGGAGAUCCUUCAUAUUUAUCCUGGAACCGGAACCCUGACAGACAUUAGAACUUUCAGCUCAAGUUGCAUUCCUAAGUUGGUAUUGUCUAUGCAUGUGUAAUUGCUCCCUUUUAACAAUCUCUGUUCAUAAGAUUUAGAAACGAACACACGGUUUUCUUCAUGAACUCAGCACAUCAAUGGGAAUACGAUACAUCUUCAAUCA